GGGGUGGGGGGCUAUGGACAUAUUUUUGGGGGAUUAGCCCCCACCCUAUUUGCGAUAGUUAUUUGGAUAUUGAUAAUUUAAACUUACUAAUACGGGAAUAUAUAGCUGACUUGAGUUGUACUUCUAUUAGUUUGUAUUAAACUUGUGAAAACAAGGUUUCGGUACUUCAGUUGUAGUUUUUUAUAAAAACUAUUUUGUUCUAAUAAAAUUCAUCUAAACAUUUUAGAAAAUUAUUUCUAAUAAUACUAUGCGUAUGCAUACCGACAGUUUCUAAGGAGUUUAAUAUAGGCAAUAUUUUCUAUUUGUAUGCAUGCGAGUCAUAUAAAUGUGUGCAUAGUAAGUGAUCACUAGUGUGAGUGACUUUGUAUAAAAUAAAUAGCAGAGCGCACACUCACGUACAUGCACGUGUCAGCAACGCAGCAUUUUACCCACUAAUUACAAAAUAUGUGAAUUUUAGUGAAACCCUGAAACUUAAUUUCGUAUUUCCAAUAAUAUAGCUUACUGAGUAACAGCUUACAGUAUGCCAGUCAAUCUGAAUACCUAUUAUACAAAUUGAAGAGAAGAAGUUUAUCUAGAUUUGUAUAGGAGUCGAUUUUCGGUAUUUUAUUUUCAAUGUCUAAUAUUUAACUCUUAAACUUGUGAUAUUUUACUUUUUGAAUUUGAAUUAUUGAGUUUACUAAUUUAAAUAUCGAAAAUUGACUUUUAAACAGACAUAGAUUAACUUCUUUUCUACAAUAUUGAUAAUAGGUGUAUUUACUCCUGUAUUUACACUCAGGCGCUCAAUAAUCAUAUACUAUUGCAAAUGCUAAAGUACAUUUUCAUAGAAUUUGUCAAUACUAUUCAUCCCCUUAAGCAUUUAUCGAUGGCGAAACCAGGAUAUUCUCAAGGGGGAGGAGAGGUACAAUGAACUAAAAUAUUAUUACUAUCGUAAUAAAAAAAAUUACCUUAUAAAUUGUACUAUCGUAGUGUGAAAACAAAUUACAGGCAUUGGCACAAAUGUACAAAACACAGGAGUGCUAGACGUACUUAUACCUGCUUAGCACCCCAAAUUCCAUCAUUAUCUUAAAUAAUAAAUAGGUAAUAAUUAACAAUUUUGCACAUGUACAAUGUACCACUAAGAUGAAUUAACAUAUAGACUAUAUCAAAGUUAUCAACUAUCCACAUCGAAAGAUAUAUUGCUGAAAAUAAGUGUACACUAUUAUUAAAAUGUAUAGUAUAAUUAUUACUAAUUAUUAAGGGGACGCCACACCCGCAUGUGUGACCUUUGUCUUACAAGUGCGUAACAUACCAAAUUUUACGCUAAAGCUGGUGAUCGCCCCGUUUAAAAAUUAGAGUGAAUUGACCUAUUAUCAAAUUUAGAAGUAAGAAUAUUAUCUAGGUAAUCACAGGCUUUUUAUUAUAUUUUAAUUUUAAAGUGAAUUAUGAGUAUUUUAAGAUGUAUAAACAAAUAUCUUAAUUCAUGGCCGUGCCUAUAAUAGGAAGCUGACAAUUUCUGAUCAGUUUAAAAUGACUACAUUAAAUUACAUUGAUGACCAAAAUAAUCAUUGUGUGGAUGGUAAACUGCAUUUGCAUUAUAAAUCAAAAUUUAUAAAAAGUUUCAACUAUUACCACCAAAUCAACAAAUAUUAAAAACAUAUUACUUUAAGAGAACGUUACACUGCAUGUGUUGUCUACUUGUAUCCAUCUUACAGACGUACAAGUGGUACAACAUAGCACUUUUUACGUCAAUAAUAAUCCAUUUUUCUACUAUAGAUUCAAAAUGGUCAUAACUUUUUUAAAAACAAUAUCGAUAAAAUCCUGCAUGAUGCCUUAGAUAACCUUACAAUUAAAUUUUGUCCUGGGUCAAUACACUCUAAUUUUAAAUUAACAGAGUAAAAUGGAUUAUUGUAGGCGUACAAUUUGCUAUGUUGUAGUAUUGUACGUUUGUAAGACGGUGACAACAGUACAAUACAACACGGGUGUGCUGUGGCCUGUAAAUAAUAAUAUGUUUUUAAUACUAAUAAACUAAUGUAAUAUUAUUAUCACGCAUUUAAAAUUUAAAAAGGCGGACUUUCACGCGAUGAAUGUCAUUCAUCGUGGAGAUGAUCAACAUACUUAAUUGUAUGUGGUAUAUGGUAGCCACUUUGAUAAGAAAAUUAAGUUGAUACAGUAUUGAUACGUCUUGAUAAUGAUGAAUUUGACUUUUGAGGCUCGAGUUGUCGCAAUUUUCUAUUAUUUUCGUAUAGAAUUUAGAGCCAACACUAGUCAAUUUUCUAAUAAUUAUUUAUUUUUUAAAAAUUUCAAAGUUUAAUUUUAUAUUUUUCGUACGUGAAAUAUUAUGUAUCUUUGACUUAUUUGUUAUGUAAGAUUCUACUUAGGUAGUUUGAGUAUAGAAAUAAAAUUGUAGUUACAUUUUAUUUAGCUAAGUUAAUAUGGUGAACGCUAUUAAUCAUCAUGUGCCUGUUGGCCCUAGUAACACUGAAAGCGUAAUGCCUCCUCAUUAUCUUCAUGAGCUUCCUAAUGAAGAUGAACUUCGUUUGGCUAAAUUAUUUGAAUCGCUCGACAUGGACAAGAACGGUAAAAUUGACAUACAUGAUUUAUCUAUUGCAUUGCAUGAUAAAGAGUAUGCUCAAAAGUUUUUGGAACUGUCUGAUGCUACUAAAAGUGGUUCAAUUACAUUAGCUGAAUUUAUACAUUAUGUUAAAGAACAUGAAAAAUCAUUAAGGCUAAGUUUUUCAAACAUUGACAAAAACAAAGAUGGAAAAAUUGAUCAAUACGAGCUUAUAAGAGCUUUUCAAGAAUUAGGAAUUGAAAUUGACGACGCUGAAGCUAUAAAACUUCUUAAAAGGAUGGAUAAAGAUGGUAGUUUAGAAAUUAGCUUUGAAGAAUGGAGAGAUUUUUUACUUUACUGCCCCUUUACAGACUUGCACGACUUAAUUAAAUAUUGGAGGCAUUCAACUUGUAUAGACAUUGGGGAGGACAUGAAUGUGCCAGAUGAUUUCACCCAAGCUGAGAUGAUAACAGGGAUGUGGUGGCGUCAUCUUGUAUCUGGUGGUGUAGCUGGCGCUGUCUCAAGAACUUUUACUGCACCUUUGGAUAGGCUUAAAGUAUUUUUACAAGUAUACGGCAAUCAACAUAGCAAUAUAACAACAUGUUUCAAAAGCAUGUUAAAAGAAGGUGGCAAACGAGGCAUGUGGCGUGGAAAUGGUAUUAAUGUACUCAAGAUAGCUCCAGAGUCUGCGUUUAAAUUUAUGGCUUAUGAACAAGCUAAGCGCCUUAUUAGAGGUUCGAGAACUAAAGACUUAACAAUAUUUGAAAGAUUUAUGGCAGGAUCACUUGCAGGAGGUUUUAGUCAAUCAUUAAUUUAUCCCUUAGAAGUUUUAAAAACAAGAUUAGCCAUUAGAAAAAGUAAUCAAUACAAUGGUAUAUUUGAUUGUAUCCAAAAAAUGUAUUACCGUGAAGGUAUACGGAGUUUUUACAGGGGUUAUGUACCCAACCUUUUAGGUAUACUUCCAUACGCUGGUAUUGACCUUGCAGUUUAUGAGACAUUAAAAAAUAACUAUAUUGCUUCACAUAAUAAUGGUGAAAAACCUGGAAUGCCAUUAUUAUUAGCGUGUGGAACUGUUUCUAGUACUUGUGGUCAGGUAUGUUCAUACCCUUUAGCUCUUGUCCGUACGCGUCUCCAGGCACCUUAUUUAGAAGGUCCAGAUACAAGGACAAUGAUGUCAGUAUUUAGAGAAAUUUGGGUAAAAGAAGGUAUGGUUGGCUUGUAUAGAGGCAUAACUCCAAAUUUUAUGAAAGUAGCACCUGCUGUUAGUAUAAGUUAUGUCGUUUAUGAACGAUGUCGUGAAGCACUUGGGGUUACUAUGUCGUAACAUAAGUUAUUAGAACUUCUUCAUAUUUAUUUAUCUCUUGACAUUCAAUAAUUCUUCUUCGUAUUUUUAAAAUAUUAUCUUAAAUUUUACAAACAUUUAUUGGUGGUUAAAUUUUGGGCAAUAUGUCUUGAAGAAAAGUGAUCUGAAAGGGUAGAAAUUAUACAUUACAGUCAUGGUUACCAUAGCCAUAAGGAUAGAAAAAAUAUUAAGUUUGAUUAUUAACUAUGUUGAGAUCAGUUGAAUGCUAACAUAAAUAAUAUUUAUAUUAUAAUUAAUAAUUAUCCUAAUAUGUAAUUAUAUAUUAUCACAAUGCUUGUUUUUAAAACACAUCUUGAUAUUUUUACCAAUCAAAUUUAGGCUCAACAUAAUGUAAUAGAUUCUUGUAAACUUUUCUGAAUUUUUUUGUCUCUAAAAAGAAAGCUUUUUCUACCAACAUUCCAGAUGCAACAUAAUUUUUCCAAGAUAAAUUAAAUAGGUUUAUUAUAAAAUCCAAUUAAAGAGAUUAAAUAUUAUUGUCUUUAAAUUCUUUGACUUGCCUGCUAUACAUUUAGAAUUGGUCAUCAUAUUAAAAGAAUAUUCUCAAGGUUAAUAAAUGUAUUGUAAUUUUUAACCUAAUCUUCAUCAACAAUUUAACUGAUUUUAACUCAAUCCCUUAAAAUUAUAUUUUUUUUUCAAAAAAAAUUGUUUAAGUUUGUUCCUAGUCAUGCGUGACAAUUUUGUUUUGUAUAAUAUUGUUGUUUGUAAAACUUUUUUGUUCUCUUUGUUCAAAAAUAAAUGUUUUUCAAUUUUGUAAACAAGAUUUAUCUUAUUGGUUCUUUUUAUCAAUAAUUUUUACUCUCCAUUUUGAUGAUAUUUUAACCGUGUACAUAUUUUUUUUAGUUUUAACUCAAUAAUAUAUACGGUGCUCAAAUUAAA